GGCGAGCGAGGCGGGGGCGCGGUGGGCCGCUGGCGAACUCCGGGGAGGAACGGGUUGCCCUUUGGCGCCCGAGGGGUUCUCGCCGUUUCCUCAGCUCCUGCGUCCUGGCUGCCCUCCGGGGGAUCGGCUCCCUUCGCUGCGACGGAGAAGAUAGCUCGCUGAGCUGGAACCCCACAGAUCGCCAGUGAAAAUGAAGGCGGCGGAUGAGCCUGCCUACCUGACAGUGGGAACUGAUGUCAGUGCCAAGUACCGAGGUGCCUUCUGUGAGGCAAAAAUUAAGACUGUGAAAAGGCUGGUAAAAGUUAAGGUACUCCUGAAACAGGAUAAUACUACACAAUUGGUGCAGGACGAUCAAGUAAAGGGUCCUUUAAGAGUUGGAGCUAUUGUUGAAACAAGGACAUCUGAUGGAUCCUUUCAGGAAGCUAUUAUCAGCAAGUUGACAGAUGCUAGUUGGUAUACUGUGGUGUUUGAUGAUGGUGAUGAGAGAACACUGAGACGCACUUCACUUUGCCUAAAAGGAGAGAGACAUUUUGCCGAGAGUGAGACACUUGACCAGCUUCCCUUAACAAAUCCAGAGCAUUUUGGAACUCCUGUAAUUGCAAAGAAGACGAACAGAGGAAGGAGGUCAUCUCUUCCUGUUAAUGAAGAUGAAAAGGAAGAAGAAAGUAGUGAAGAGGAAGAUGACGAUAAGCGACGUCUCAAUGACGAAUUGUUAGGAAAAGUUGUAAGUGUGAUAUCAACAUCUGAGAAGACUGAUGGGUAUCCUGCUUUGGUAAUAUCUCCCAGCUGUAAUGAUGACAUCACAGUGAAAAAAGACCAGUGUUUAGUUCGAUCAUUUAUCGAUUCUAAAUUUUAUUCUAUAGCAAGAAAGGAUAUCAAGGAAAUAGAUAUUCUCAAUCUACCUGAAUCUGAGCUCUCUGCUAAACCAGGGCUUCAGAAAGCAAGCAUCUUCUUAAAAACCAGAAUUGUUCCUGAUAAUUGGAAAAUGGAUAUAAGUGAAAUCCUUGAAUCAUCCAGUAGUGAUGAUGAAGAUGGUCCAGCUGAAGAACAUGAUGAAGAGAAGGAAAAGGAAACCAAAAAAGAAGAAGAAGAGGUGCCUGAGGAAGAACUUGAUCCUGAAGAGAGGGACAACUUCCUCCAACAGCUUUAUAAGUUUAUGGAAGACAGAGGUACUCCAAUCAACAAACCACCUGUUUUGGGCUAUAAAGAUCUCAAUCUCUUCAAACUCUUUAGACUGGUUUAUCAUCAAGGUGGAUGUGACAAUAUUGAUAGUGGUGCUGUAUGGAAGCAAAUUUAUAUGGACCUUGGCAUUCCUAUUUUGAAUUCAGCUGCUUCCUACAAUGUAAAAACUGCUUAUAGAAAGUAUCUCUAUGGUUUUGAGGAAUACUGCCGUUCUGCAAAUAUUCAGUUCAGAACUGUUCACCACCAUGAACCAAAAGUAAAAGAGGAAAAAAAAGAGUUAGAAGAAUCAAUGGAAGAGGCUCUAAAAGUAGAUCAAGAAAUGCCUUUAGUAGAAGUGAAGAGUGAACCUGAGGAGAAUAUUGAUUCAAAUAGUGAAAGUGAAAGAGAAGAAAUAGAAUUAAAAUCUCCAAGGGGACGAAGGAGAAUAGCUCGAGAUGCAAAUUCUAUUAAAAAGGAAAUUGAAGAAGACAAGACAGAAGACAAAUUGAAAGACAAUGAUACAGAGAAUAAAGAUGUAGUUGAGGACUAUGAAACCGUGGAGAGAAAAGAAAACGAGUUACUGCUGGGGAGAAAAAAUACACCAAAGCAAAAGGAGAAGAAAAUUAAAAAGCAGGAGGAUUCUGAUAAAGACUCAGAUGAAGAGGAAGAAAAAAGCCAAGAGAGGGAAGAAACUGAAAGCAAAUGUGACUCUGAUGGGGAGGAAGAUGAGGAAGACAUGGAACCCUGCCUAACAGGAACCAAAGUGAAAGUAAAAUAUGGUCGAGGAAAAACGCAGAAAAUCUAUGAAGCUAGUAUUAAAAGCACUGAAAUUGAUGAUGGAGAAGUUUUAUACUUGGUACAUUACUAUGGAUGGAAUGUCAGGUAUGAUGAAUGGGUGAAGGCUGACAGGAUAAUCUGGCCUUUGGACAAAGGUGGACCAAAGAAAAAACAGAAGAAAAAAGCAAAAAAUAAAGAAGACAGUGAAAAGGAUGACAAGAGGGAUGAGGAGAGGCAGAAGUCAAAACGAGGACGACCUCCUUUAAAAUCUACCCUUUCAUCAAACAUGCCAUAUGGUUUGUCUAAGACUCCAAACAGUGAAGGAAAAUCAGGUACCAGAAGUGCUCGCAGCAGUAUGCCAGACAGCUCACCUCUGUCAAAUGGAAUGGAAGACUCCUGCUCAUCUGAUAGUGAAACAGAAGACCUUUUAGAAAAGAAUUUGAUGAAUGAAGAACUUUCUCCUGAUAUUAAAGAACUAGAAAAAAAUGAACACUUGAAUGACGAUAAACUAGAUGAAGAAAAUCCAAAGAUUGCUGCACAUAUAUUAAAAGAAAACGAAAGGACACAAAUGCAGCCUUUAGAAACACUGAAGUUAGAAGUUGGAGAGAAUGAACAAAUAGUACAGAUUUUUGGAAAUAAAGUGGAACAAGGAGAAGAAGUUAAGAAAGAGGCUGAAAAAUCUCCUAAAGGAAAGGGAAGACGAAGCAAGACAAAAGAUCUUUCUUUAGAAAUUAUAAAGAUUUCAUCAUUUAGCCAGGAUGAAGCAGGAAGUGAAUCUCAUAUAGAAGCUCAGAGUCUAGAAUUUUCUUCACUAGACAGUAAAAAUUUUUCCUCUACUGCUGAAGAUGAAAUUGACCAGUGUACAAAAGAAAAAAAGUUGAAACGGAAAUUACUGGGACAGUCAUCACCAGAGAAAAAAACAAGAAUCGAGAAUGGAAUGGAAAUGACAAACAGCGUAUCUCAAGAAAAGACCAGUGACUGUAUUGCAUCUGAGGGAAUGAAAAACUUAAAUUUUGAACAACAUUUUGAAGUAGAAAAUGAAGAAAUGCCAUCAUUAAUAGCAGAGUCCAACCAACGCAGUCAAGAAUUGACUAGUGAAAAAUUUGACAGUCCAGCUGAAGAAACUGUAAAUACUCCACUAAAAGAAGAAGAGGAUGCAAUGCCUCUGAUUGGGCCUGAGACCUUGGUUUGCCAUGAAGUAGACUUGGAUGAUUUGGAUGAGAAGGAUAAGACCAGUAUUGAAGAUGUAGUAGUUGAAAACUCUGAGCCUAACUCUCUUGUUUCUAUUCCACCUGCCCUACCUCCUGUUGUACAGCAUCACUUUUCAGUAGCUUCACCACUUACUCUCAGUCAAGAUGAGUCUCGAAGUAUAAAAAGUGAGAGUGACAUAACCAUUGAAGUUGAUAGCAUUGCUGAAGAAUCUCAAGAAGGUCUCUGUGAGAGGGAAUCUGCAAAUGGGUUUGAAGCCGGUGUUGCCUCUGGUACCUGUAGUAUAAUUGUUCAAGAAAGAGAGAACAGAGAGAAGGGUCAGAAAAGGCCAAAUGAUGGAAAUAGUGGAUUAUUGGCAAAAAAGCAAAAGCGUACCCCAAAGCGAACAAGUGCUGUAGCCAAAACUGAAAAGAAUGGAACAGGACAAAGCAGUGAUAGUGAAGAUCUUCCUGUCCUGGACAAUUCAAGUAAAUGUACACCAGUAAAGCAUCUUAGUGUGUCUAAGCCACAGAAGCUUGCACGAUCUCCUGCAAGGAUUUCCCCUCACAUCAAAGAUGGAGAAAAAGAUAAACACAGGGAUAAACAUCCAAAUUCAUCCCCUAGAACAUAUAAAUGGAGCUUUCAACUCAAUGAAUUAGAUAAUAUGAACAGUACAGAGAGAAUCUCUUUUCUCCAAGAAAAAUUACAAGAAAUAAGAAAAUAUUACAUGUCUUUGAAAUCCGAAGUGGCAACCAUAGACAGGAGGAGAAAAAGAUUAAAAAAGAAAGACAGAGAAGUGUCUCAUGCAGGAGCCUCCAUGUCAUCUGCUUCGUCAGACACUGGAAUGAGCCCAUCAUCAUCAUCUCCCCCACAAAAUGUGCUUGCUGUAGAAUGCAGGUGAUGAACGCUUUCUCUGCCUUCCCAGCAGUUUGCUGCCAUGGACAUAAAUCCCAAAACCCUGAAAUACAACCACAGAAAGCACUCAACUGGUUUGACAUUGCUAAGUAUAUCCUGUAUACUUUUCCAGGCUGGAUUGUAUCUAUUCCCUCUCUUUUCUUUUUUUUUCUGUUGCAAACAAUAAGCUGAUUAAUAACUGAAGGUUAGGCAGCCUGCCAUAUUUGUCAUAAUUUUUCCUAAUUUUUCAUUUUUUGUGAAGAUAGAAAAAGGGCACUUAGCAAAUUUGAAUUUGUAUAAUAAAGCUUUCAAAUGUUAUAGAAAUCAUAGACAAGCAAGUGCACAUGAUAAACAUCAAAAUAUUAUCCAGCUGAAUAGUGACUGCUGCACUUUCACUAAGAUGUAUUUGAACACUUGGUGAGUAGGGGGUUUAUGUUGUGUUUUUUUUUUUAAUUAUUGUUGCUGUUGUUUUUUUAUUUUUGUGGAAGCACUUGCUAUUUAGAACUGCCAAAGUAUAUGUUCAGCAGUGUGCCCAGGUUUAAAGGUGUAAAUGGGACAAAAUAAAUUGUGAAAGGAAGUGUAGUUGACUGAAAACUACAGUUGUAAUAAGUCUUCCACUUUUUAUAGGAUUUUUGAGCACACAAUUAUGCAAAUAUUUUAAUGUUUAUUAAUGUUUACAGUGGAAUUGUGAAUAAGUUUUCAGUGGACUAUCUUAUCCCUUGACAAAAAUAUUUUGUCUUUUUUCUAUGUAAUUUCAGAGUUUUUAUUUUGUUACAAAAAGACAAAAAUGAAAUAUAUAACAACAAUGAAGUUAUUUAACAAGAUUUCUAAAGCUGAAAAUUUUGUGUAAAAUAAGGUAUUAUCUUGCAACUUGUUAAAUAUAUUUAUUCAGACAUUG